GUCAGGUGACAGUGGGCUGGACUUGGCUUCUGGUGAAGUUGCCGCUGAUCUCUCCCAUUCCUUUCUCUCCUUUGCCAUGUGGUGGGUCGGUGUGUUUCUGGGGCUCUUCCUCCUAGCCUGCCCAUCUGGGUUUUUGGAUGGCACUUCAGCUCGCAAAGCUUGUCCAACUGUCCCCGUGGCUGAGCCCGAAGGCGGCUCUGUGAACAUCUCCAUACCGAAUGCCGCCUACUUUUCAGAGACGUCUUUCAUUGUGCAGAAAUAUAACGCCUCAACUUCGUCGUGGGACGAUGUCAUUUACUCCUCUGAUGAGGACUCCCAAAAAUUCCUCAGUUCCUACAAGGAGAAACUCUCCUUUUCUGGUGGAUACUUCGAGAUGGAGAACGUGAGCAAAGGGGCUGGAGGAGUUUACAGGAUUCAAGAUGAAAUGUACAGGAAGUGUGUGGCUGUCAUAAACUUGACCGUGCUGGAGCCCAGCUCAUUCCCACCUACUGUGUCUGGGACCUCCAGUGCUGAAGAGGAACCUCAUGAUGAGACCAAAGGGGAGGAGCCAGUGUCCUGGGAUCUUCCCACGAUUCUUCUGGUGGUGGCAGCAGUUGUGGUGGGAGUGCCGCUGCUAGUCUUACUAUGCAAAUGUGGGUUUCAGAAAGCUAGAGGAAAAGUGUCUGCCUAUCUGCCACGCGUCUUCAAUAAGCUGCAGCCUCAUGUGUCCCAGAAGCCUGGAAGUCCGCAGGAUUCACAGGAAUAUGAGCUCCCUGCAGUGUGUGGCAGGGACGGAGACCAGGCCCAGGGAACCAGAAACAGGAAUGGAGACCCAGCCCUGGAGAAUGGUGAGGGAGACCUGCUAAUGGGGGAGAGACGCUUCACCCAGGAAACCAGAGAAAAGGAUCCAUUAGGUGGGGACACAGACCCAGCCCAGGAAACUGGAGUAGCGUUGCAACCCUCCCAGGAUUGACCGGGAGUCUCCAGGAAUUAAAGAUUAAUUUUAAAUUAAAGAUUAUGUCAUGUGAUUAAAAUCUCCAGGAAUACGUCCAAUUAAAAUGGGCAAUGCCGAACCGGAGGGGGGGACCCAUUAGAUGGAGACAGACUUGGGCUGGGGAGCUAGCUAGAGGAGAUGAUCCCUCUUACGAUGCCCAUCAAUGGUGGGGACUAGACUGGGCGAAACUUUUCAUCUAAACCUGUUUUAUGCAGAUUCAGAUUCAGAAAAAUGCAGAUUCAGAAACCUGGAAACAUUUUGCGAAUUCAUUCAACGUUCUGCUGAAUUGUUCACGUCCAGACCCUGCCCCCAGGUCUUAAAAAGUCAAAGCAUUUUGUUUAGACACUUUCCAAACAAACAGUUUUGAUUUUUCAGUUCGACACCAUUUUUUGUUUAAAAAUGUCCUUCAGUUUUAUUUUAAAAAUUCAAAGUUACAACCCUCGAAAUGUUCCCACGUCUUUUUUUUUAAGCUUUUUGGUUCAUCAAAAAUUUGGAAAAAUUUUAGUUUUGUUUGACUUGAAACCAAUUUUUUCCAUGUUUUUUUUGUGUGUGUGGUUUUUUUUUUGCAAUUGCCAGCGACCACAAAAUUCUGUUUGCCCAGCUCUAGGGGCAGGUGAGAAUGUUAUCAGUUAUACUGUGGGUCUCUGAGUCUCCUUGUCACUCAAAGUUUUCUUACUGUAACAAAUUUAUUUGGGAUGAGGGAUGGACAAAAGCUUCCUAAAAGUGGGGGGGCUGCUGGCACCAGAUCUGUGGCCCUGCCCCUGUACCACCCCUUCUCCUUGAGGUCCUGCCCCCUCAAACCGCCCCUUUCCCUGAGGCCCCGCCCUCACACUGCCUUUCUCCCUGAGCUCCCACCUCAUAUUGCCCCUUGCCCCCAAGACCUUUCCCCCCUGGUCGCUCCUCCCACCCCUCAUCCAGUUGCUCACACUUAUGGUCGGUAAAAAGUGGUGGGCCCUGCCCCCCCCGUUCCGGCACCCCUGGAUGAGAGUGGGAGAGGAUGGAUGAAGAACUCCUUUCAAAUAUAACUCUCCCCCCCCCCCCCAAAAAAAGAGCAACUCGCCAGCCACCGCAAAACAUGCAACUAACCAACCCGUGCCAGUCAUGUCGUGUUGUAUGUUACAUUCCCAUCCUUGGGUGGUUUGUGUCUUUGAGAAUGUGAACCCUGCAGGCCUGGGAGUUUCUCUAUGUAAUGUGACCUCAGUGCUCAUGAGAGCCAUUAUUUGUAAAUGUUUAUCAGUAGCAUAGAUAUUUAUUAUCAUUCAUGUACAUACAGACAUAUUUAUUAAUAAUUAGAACUGGUCAAAAAUAGCCUGGGUGAGGGGGGUUAAUGAAAAUUGAAGAAAAAACCACUCCCCCCCCAUAUUCUUGAAACUUAUUUGCAGAUGCUUUUAAUUAUCAAAUUUUUGUUUUGUUUUGGUGGGGAAAACUCCAUGUUCUCUCUCAAGUGGGCAGAGAAAUUCAAAAUGUUUUUUUUUUAAAAGGGACAUUUUUCAAAAUAUGAACAAUGUAAUCAAAAGUGGCAGUUUUAAUUAAAAGUUGCAUUGUCAGUAUAAAGCCAUUUUUAACCAGCUCUAUCACUGUAUAAAAAGAUGUGUUUGUUUUUCAUGAUGCAUUGUUUGGGCCAGGUUCCAAGCAGUAUUCAGUUUUUGCACAGCUCUUCUCUUGCAUCUGCGCCUCUCAUGAGCUUUGGGCUUAAUCUUAGCCCUGGAAACACUUAUGCGCGUGUUUAACUUUAAUUACUGCUGUGAAUAAUGCCAUUUCAAUGGGACGACUCUGAAGUCGGGUUUACACUACGGCUUUAUAUCGGUGUAACUCAGGGGUGUGAAAAAUCCACCCCCGAGUGAUGCCGUUUUACUGACCUAAUCCCCCAUGUAGACAGCGCUAUGUCAGUGGGAGAGCUCCCCCUGCUGGCCGGCGACAUAGCUACUGCCUCUUGGGGAGUUGGAAUAACUACACACACAGGAGAGAUCUCUCCCACCAGUUUAGAGCGUCUUCAUUAAAGUGCUAUAGUGACGUAGCUGCAUUUGUGUAGCUGAAUCGAUGCAGUGUUUUUAAGUGUAGACGUGCCCUCAGUAGACUGGCUAAGCCCUUGCUUAGGUGUUUGCUGGAUCAGGGCCGUAAUGUAUCUCUGGAACUGCCGAUGUAAAUGUGAUGGAACAACAAAUAAUCUGUGAGAUUUUGGAAAGAAGGGCGAGGUAAAGCAUCUUCUUAGUGUCGGAAAUGGAUAAAGUGUGUGGUUACAAUAGAGAUACAAGGUGGGUUAGGGAAUCUCUUUUAUUGGCCCAUCUUCUGUUGGAGAGAGGGAGACAAGCUUUCGAACCACACAGAGCUCUUCUUCAGGUCCUAUAAAACCUAUCACCUCACCCACCUUGUCUCUCUAAUAUCCUGGGACCGACACGGCUACAACUACUGUUUACAACAGAUGUAUAUUGGGUUUUAUUUUUCUUUCAAGUGUUUCCUCCUUUGCUGCUGUAUAUACUCUUGAAUGCUGUUUAAUACCUGUAAAUACUUAGCCCUUUUUAAUGUGUAUAAAUAAAUUAUAUUUUAAAGCUAA